GCCGCGUGGUGGUUGAGCUGCCGAUGGGGCAUGGAGGGAGCGGAGGAGGAGGAGGAGGAGGAGAGCGCGCGCGUCCUCUCCAGCCACCCAGCCGUCCGGCGUGUCAGCAUUGCAGUGGAUGAGACUAACGUCCUGCCGGGGGCUCUGCAGCUGAUCCGAACGCUCAGACCACAAUGGGAGACGGAGCGAGUUAAAACCAAGCUCUUCACUGAAGGCAUCACCAACAAGCUAAUGGCUUGUUUCACAGAUGAGAAUAUGAGAGAUGCAGUCCUAGUGCGGGUCUAUGGCAGGAAAACAGAGCUUAUUGUGGACCGAGCCAAUGAGCUGAGAAAUUUCCAAGUCCUCCAGGACAACGGCUGUGCCCCCAACCUCUUCUGCACUUUUGAGAAUGGAUAUUGCUAUGAAUUCAUGUCAGGGAAAGCUCUGGGACCAGAACAUAUCCGGGAGCCAAGUAUGUUCAGGCUAGUAGCCCAGGAGAUGGCCAAAAUGCACAAGAUUCACACCAAUGGGAAUCUUGCCAAGCCUUGUCUUUGGCACAGAUUGUUCAAGUACCUUAAUAUUGUGAAAACGGAGUUUGCUAAAAAGGCAUCAAAUUCCAGCUUCCUUCAGGAAAUGCAGAUUCCUAGCCUAGAGGUAUUAGAAGAAGAGAUUCAUUGGAUGAAGGAACAUCUCUCCCAGCUUCAGUCUCCAAUCGUCUUCUGCCACAAUGAUCUUUUGAGCAAGAACAUCAUCUACAACAAAGCCGAAGGUCAUGUCCGGUUCAUAGAUUAUGAAUAUACUGGCUACAAUUAUCAAGCAUACGACAUUGGGAAUCAUUUUAAUGAAUUUGCAGGGCUCAAUGAAGUCAAUUACAGCUUAUAUCCAUGCAAGGAAGUCCAGUUGCAAUGGCUGAGGUACUACCUGCAAUCUUACAAGAAACUAAGUCCAGAGGACCAGGGAGAAGGAAAUAAAAGCAGAGGAGAGAGUGGAGCAGUGUCUGAAGAAGAACUGGAGAGUCUCUACAUGCAAGUGAACCAGUUUGCUUUGGCUUCCCAUUUUCUGUGGGCUUGCUGGGGCCUGAUCCAAGCCCAAUUCUCUACAAUAGACUUUGAUUUUGCCAGGUACGCAGACAUAAGAUUUAAGCAGUACUUUAAAACAAAACCUGUGGUGACUUCCCUUCAAAUGUCCAAGUGAGGUUGCAGUCCAAAGAGUCUUCUGGUUCUCAAGAUUCCACUCUUAUUUUCUCUGGUGCAGAGCACCUGCCACCCUCUCCUCCUGCAGUGCUGAGUGGUCAGACAUCGUGAAAUAGGGCUGGGAAAGAAAAGCACACCUUCCACAAAGCCCCAAAAUUCAACAAAGCCCCUGAACUUGGCUGUCGCAUGUUGGUUUCAGAAGGUGAUGUUAUGACAUGGCUGCUGGCAAGAGUUUCUGGGGCAUAAGCAGGAAAGAUUCAAGAGUUUAAUAUGUGGGUGGCCAAUAGGGGAGAAGGUUUGCUUAGAGAUUUACAUAGCCUUGAAGGUUAUUGCUGGAUGACACUUUUGUUCCUUGGCCAGAAGAAAGAAAACUAGCAAGAGUUUUGUUUUUGUUUUUCAAGAACAUGAGAUUGUGGUCUUUUGGUUUGUGAGAAUGGAGGAGAAACAAUUGCUUCUCUUUACAACACUGAAAGAAUCAAUUCUGAAAUGUGCUCCACUUCCUACAUUUAUGGGUGGAGAGAAAUGAUUAAGACCCUGAAGGUGGAAUAAAUAUUCCCACACACAUCAGUUUUAAAAUAUGGAACAUUUAGGCUCAGGGAAAGUCCCAGCUCUUAAAGAGCUAUUACAACUUUGGUCAAGCUUUGAGCUAAUGGCCUCCCUGAACUAUUAACUGGCAACAGAGAGCUCUGUACUGAAAAUUGUAUUACUCGUUGUGGGCAAUUUCAACACCUAUAUUCUGAAAGUCAAACAAUGUAGGCAACCUCAGAUUAUGUGUGCAUAUCAUUCACAGUGCCACUUUGAAGAGAGCAGAUGUUACUACCUAAAAACCUAAUGUGAUGAAAGCACAAAAGACAGAGUACUUUUUGUAAAGCAUAGAUGUACCAAAUUUAUGCAAUACUCUAUUAUUGUAAUGGCCAUAUGUGAAAGAGGUUUACCCAUCCUCUCCCCACCACAAAAUUGCAUCCUGUUUCAAAUACUACAAAGAUGAUUGCAUUUCCAUCAAUGUGUUAAUUUGCCCAGAGAGUCUUCUGCAAUAUUACAUUGUGCCGUUCAGUAUUUUGAGAAGGUGAAUUCCAUUAAACUAAACAUGUUAAUAACACAAAUAUCUAAGUAGGAAAGUGUAAUUCAUGUUGAUGUAGCAGAGAAAAAAAGAAAGCACGCCACUAAAACCUGUUAACAAGGUUUUUACCCAAGUUUACUACCCGAUUACCAAUUUAGUGCAGGUUUUUGCCACCUGGACACAUCCAGCAGAUUCAGAUAGUAACUCUGGAAUGUGAAGACUUGUUUUAUCUAAAGAUGGCUAAGUUGAAGCUAUUUUGGUCAUACAGCAAAGAGGAAAAACCUUAUGACUGCAUUGGUAUAAACUAUGACAUAGACAGUCUGGUCUCCUUCAGCCAAUCCUGUUAUUUCCCAACUUUACCUUGUAUAUUAAUACAUUUUAUAUCCUUUAUAUCCAGAUUGUGGAACAGGAAACUAGAACCAACCUAAAUAUGUUUUAUGAGUUGCAAAGAGCUCAUACUGUUAUGGUGCUUUAUCUUCAAGAAGAUCAUUUGAGUUCCUUUGGUUAAAGGGCCAUGUUUAUACAUAACUCAUGGGUUCUCCAGUCAGAAGCAGGUUGGCAUUUCUGCAUUACCCUAUGACUGGAUAAAACUGAAGUGUGAAGGCAUAAUGUGAAUGAAACUGUUGGUAUCAGUCCUUGGGUCUCUAUCUGAGGCACUGUAAUCAAUAUAAAACAUGUCAUUUUAUACUUUGAAUUUUCUUUUAUCUACAUUUUCUAUCAGAUGGGUUCUUAUUUUAUUCAGCAAGCAAUUACUAGAAUUAAAAACAGAUGACCUCUCAGUUCCUAAGAUGACUCUUCAGCUUAGUUAUGAACUUAAAUGAUCAAAUGUUCACUGAAUUUGUACUUUGGAGCAAAGAUGGAAACAAUAAGCCUCCUGCAGGCUUGUAAUUGCAAUGCUAUUAUAAUUAAUUUCCUAGAAUCUGAUUUCCUGUAGUUUCCUCAUAGUAGGAUAGCUGUUGCAGAAUUGCUGUCAAGAGAGGGCAUUUAGUAUCCUUAGGAAAGGGGACAGUAAAGCCAGUAUUUGCCAGAUGCUUUGUGUUUACUCCCACAAGCUGCAGCCCAUGUUCCUGGUGGUGACAUAUUAUGGAAUUGUAGUCCAAAAUAUCCAGUCAACAGAAGACUGCCUUAUUCCUAUCUUAGACAUUUAGGUGCUUAGAUAGUAUUUACUUCCUUUCCCCUUUGUAGAAAUGCUUUGCUUUUUUAAAAUUUAUUUUAGCCUUUGAACAGUUGGAUAAAAACAGUUGUAUCUUUACAUUCUCUGCAUUCCAGACAUUAACCCUGAUUCAUUAUGUAUCUCUCUACAUUUUCAGCCUUGCUGUAUUGCCUUCCCACCCCACAAAAAAACAUUCCAUUCAAUCACUAUCUUGGUCUUCCCCACUUUCUCAACCCUUUCACCCUUCAUGUUUAUUGUGUGUGUAUGUGUGUGAGAGAGUUGAUCCUUUAUUCAUUCUCUGAAGAUGUGAUGCCAUUUUCACAUAUUUUUUUGCAAUAUCUAUUUACUUUUCUGUGCAAUCCACAUUCAAUGAGCAUCCUCUCAUUCUACACUCUAUCGGUGUUUGACUUCAUAUAUAUUAAGCACCCCAUUCCUGGUGCAUUCAACUCACUUUUAUAUUUUUCUUGACAUACCCAAUUCUCACAUCUGUGUGACAAAUUGAGCAGGAUACAACCAACUUCUCUCACUUCUUUUGACAAGUAUCCAUUCUUCACAACAGACCAUACUCACUAUCUUUUCAUUGUAUUUGUACACCUUAACAUUUCUUUUUCCAGUUUUGCAUCUGUAGUGAAGAGCCUAGUAAGACCAGUUCACCUACCUGUGGUGUUUUAACUGUGUAACUGCAACAUAUAACUUGCAAUCAUUCACUCCAUUUUCAUUAUUAAGAACAACUACCUUGGUCUUUCUUGCAUUAAUGUUCAGAUAACUACCAGACCCCCAAAUGGAUAGUAGAAACCAGGACAGCUUUCUAAUUAUAGGGUAUCCCUAAGCGUUAUGAACACAUCCUCCAUACUGAGGUUAGGAUAUGAAACAAUUGAAGUAAUUCUUUGAUGUUUCCUAUUUAUAAAUGUAGCUAUUGUUAUUUGGUAAAUAAUAGUUACAGGAAUGAUCUUGUGAAAAUUGGCCAAACCCUAUGUUUUAUGAUAGGACCACACUAAACCUCACUGUGAAUCUAACCAGCAUGAUUUGAAAUCCUUCAAGUGAAUUUGACUUCAACUCCCAAUAAGCAGUAUAGGCAAUGCAUUAUGGGAGGUUUAUACAGAGAGGUGUAAUUUGUGAAUGUAAAUACAGAUGAAGAAAAAACAUAUAAGAUCUUGUCUAUGGUCACUUCUUAUGACAAUCAUUAUUGAUGAACAAAAUUCAUGAACUUCUGCCUUCUCAGUACUUCUGAUCUCAUGCUGUAAUGGGACUGACAUCUGUUUAUAUAUAAUCCUUCCAAAUAAUGGAGAUGUUGGAGGAUAAACUAUAUUAAUUAGAUGGAUAUAAUGAGCAGGAUCAGCAGAGUACAGCUGUGGAGAAAGGAUCAAGAAUGGCAUAAAUCAUCUUGCUCAGAAAACAAAAUGUGUGACUUCAUUGUUAUGCUUCUGCCCCUCUUAGAAAACACUUCCCCUUCCUUCUUCCCUUUCUUAAUUGACGAUAGGACUUCCUUGGUCACUUUUUUUGCAAGCCUUUUCCUUUAAAGGUGCCAUAGUUUGCUUUGCCUGUUCUUACCCAUGCCUUCUGACCCUCUCAUUAAAAAGUCUGCUUUUCCCACUUGUUCCUUCCUUCCAUCUCUCUUACAAGCAAGAUGCUGAAUUCUGAAUGUUGUGCUCCAAAAGCACAACAUACCAGUCAGGAGACACAAGAAGACAUUACAACUUUCAGACCCAUAAAGUUCCUACUGAGAAUUUCCCCAGGGUAAAAAGAGCAGAUCCUUCAGCCAAAGGUAAAUUUCCUUCACUUUUGAUGCAGCAAAAAGAUAACCCUUCUUGUUUGGGCAAAAGUAUUCUGACAGGCCUCCAGAGGGCAUCAAAGAGUAAUGAAUUCAUCCUUUCUUUUGAACCAGUAGCUGCAAAGGCCUGCUUAUGAACCAUUUUCCUUCUCUCCCCCUCCCCAAACUAAAUAGCGGCUUUUGUACCCUAGGCAAUUUUUGUGACAUUGUAAUGCCAUGUUUUUCUUAAAGGGGCAGACUGUCAUUGUUAGCAGCCUUAUUCACUGAUAAAUGACCCCUGAUAGUUUGGAUAAUGGGAUGAGGUGGAGCUAGAAAAGUGAGUUAAAUACUAGGGAAAGGGCUUCGUCGUGUGUGUAUAUUGGGGGGGGCGGGGAGAUUAGCCUCAGAUUGGAAAGUUUAAGAAGCCUGUAGUGUGCUGAACUUCAGGGUGAAAUCACGUCAGGGUGAAGAACCUGUAAUCCUCUACACACUAUCUCCUUGAUUCAUUGGGAGGGCAGGAAAAAAUCAUAAACCCGUGCUAUUUUUUGCCUUUCAAGUUUGUUAGGUUGGGUGAUAAGUAAACCUUAUGCCUCAUAUUUAGAAGCUUUCUGGAUGGAGGGAUUCAAUUUCUGGAAGAAAUUCUUAGAAGGGAUGGUACAAAAAAAUGUUAAACGCCAACAAUUUCCCCCCAAUCAAUCUCAGAAUGGCUCAUAAUUGUCCUGACUACAGUUCUUUUGGAAUGGCCAGGCCAACCUCUGUGCCUUCUAUCCAAUCAAGAAGAGAGCACAGAAAUUGGAUCUUGAGCAGCAACAUCUCCCUCUCUGCCUCUACCUUUUACUUUGCUGUCUUUGUUCUUAAGGAGGAAAAAAAGCAAAUGAAAAAUUUCUACAUGUGUUAUGAUGCUUUCACAAGCAAGGGAGGUGGUGGAAGUGGAGAGUCAUGGAAUUGGUUCAACAGUGGGCAAAGAUUUGGCCCAUUUAACCCUGACUUCAAAAUGGAAAUGUUUUUAUUUGAAUUUCUGUGUAACCAAUCUGCCCUUUUUCAGAAAUAAUGUACUAUAUAUAGAAAUUGGAGCCAGAGCAUGGAUUGCUGCAGCAGUAUAAACAGUACCAAAGCCCCAUGGACCAGUGUCAUGAAUUAUAUCAUUCCCCAUCUUCUGAGCAAAUUGGAGGCUUAAGCUGUCUUUGACAUCUCCACCCAUUAGAUCAGGAUGGAACCUGCUGUCAGGAUCUAUGUUGCACUCUUUGCAUAGCCUUUGCAAUACUUUCAAAUCAAGGAUUAGCAUUUUUCCAAGCUAGUGCUUCCUGAAUAUUUGUAUGGAAGCUAAAAUGGUUUUUAAAUACUGAGUUGCUCCGAGCAUUUUCGGCAAACUAAUCUUCACAAGAUCAUAUAACAUGCAUGCUAUCCACUAGGGAGAAUAAAAGGAAUAACAUAAUAGGAAGUUUUAGGAAAUAAGUGAACUUAUUAUACAGCAAGGAUUUUUCAACCCUCCUCUUUACUUCAGAGGAAUUCACAAUCGUACUGCACUGUCAUGUUCUCAGUGUUGACACAUUAAUAUGCACAAAUCUCUUUCAUUAUGUGAUGUCAUAGUGAGGUGAAAGCUUGAGAGAAUUUAGAUCUACCUAAAAACAGUAAAACACAUUUGUCUCCUGAAGAUUAAAGUAUAUGGAUUAUGCCAGUAUGAAAUAGAAAUCUCUGUAGAUUAUUGUACUCUUAAAACAAUCACAGCAUACCAGCAAACUGUUAAAAAGACCUGAAGAAUCAUUGGCCUUAUCUCAGAGGCAUCACAAACAUCCCAACACACCAUAUUGAGGUGUAUUGAUGUAUAUCUCUACUCUUCAUAUAGUCAGAAUCAAGCAAUUUAUGAAGUUUUACAGCUUGAUUUUUGUACCAUGAAAAAUUGAUUUCGUGGCCUGAAUAGUUAUCUGAAGACAAACAAGACUGCAGUCUGGGUGACAUUGUAUAUGUGGUAUUGUGUAUUUGAAAGAAAUCUUAAUUGUGUAGUUGUGUGGUGUAGUUACUGUUUGAAAUAUACAACUCCUUUGAGCUUUAGGGGUUUUCAGAACCAUUGCUUUCUGUGGAGCUUGUUUGUCUCGAGAGCAAAACAAUUGAGCAAACUGAGGUAACAGGGAAACUCCAACAAAGGUAUCUUUAAUAUGGGCAGAGCUUUCCCAGUUCAUGCACAGCCACCAAGUAAUGAACUGGUUAGGCUAAACUUUCAAGGAUUAGUCUACAUCUCUUAGUUGGUUACCUCACAGUGGCUUGCUUUUUUUUUUAAAACAAGUGUAGAUGCCAGCACAUCUCUCUCUGUUUGUGGCACCACUAAUUUUCUUAUUAGCAAUUUUCAUGUACUCCGUUCCAUGUACAUAAACAAUACAAGAUUUUUCUGUAUUAUGAUAGUUGCUGACAAUACUGAAUGAACUGUGUGUUCCUACAGGUGCACGUCAAAUCGGUGGACUUUGUUCUUGAAAGACAAAAAGGAACCUUUUAAACACCAAAUGUCUCUUUUUAUCUAUAAAGCCAAUGUUAAAAUUAAAAACUGGAGGGGAGAUGUUUUGUUUCUGAGUAAUCAACUAUUCAUAUUAUGCAGCUUAUUGUCCUUGGUUAGUUCAUUUGUUUAAAUCAGUGGCUAAAUUAGGCUGGGAGCUGUGCUUCAGCAGCAACGAAAGGAUUCCAGAUUCUCUAUCCUUGCUGUCUUCUGCCCCAAUACUUAUUCUACACAAGUAGUAGUAUUUCUUGUUAUGUUUCACUGGCUUGAUUUGGAAGAGGUAGAAAGAAGUAGCAGCUACUAACCUAAUGGACACAAUCAUACAUACUACAUGUCUGGGCCAAAGAUGAAGACAAAUCCCCGUCUCCCUCAAGAGAUUUUCCUGUAUCAUUCAACUGCUCAAGGUCAUCAUCUUUCAAAGCAGACAGAAAAUAAGUCCAUGGAUCCGUACAGCAUAGUGCUCCAUAACACAGAGACAUUCUCAUUCCAAAGGCACUAAUGAUCAAGAUGACACAGCCAACUAUCUUUGUCAUGUUAGUUUUUGAACCACUGCCAACAUACAUACUGUGUGGUUACUGAGGCUUAUGACUGCUACAGCAACUCCUAUCUUACAUUGAUGGAUUGCAGUAUCUGACUGGCAAAGCAAAGAAAGAGGGCCCCAAGCUGUCUGCUGUAGCAAUGAAAGUAUUGUAGAUUCUGUGAGAUGCACCUCUCUCAUUUGAAGUAGCUUGGAACAAGGAAUCUUGAAACAGCAGGACAAGGUGAAGUACUCCAGUCUUCUUUUCCAAUUUCAAUUGAAAUUAAUCACAAAUGGCUUUCUAAAAGACCAUUUGUUUAAAAAGAAUUAUUUUAAUACUCAAAAUAUAUGCAUAGUCUCUGCCACUAAAGAUCUAAAGAUAUAAUCUAAGAAUAUCUUGAUGAAAAAAUUUCAGAAAUAUAUAUUUUCAUCCCAUAAAUAAUAGACUUGAGAUUCCAAAGAUGUUAAACACAUUAUUAUGAACAAGGAUGAUAUAGCAUCAUAAUGCUGAUGCAGGGAAUGGUAAACAUUAAU